AUGACGUUUGCACGGAGUUUGAUCGAGCCGUGGAUGACCAGUCCACUUACCCUGGGAAACAGCAGAUAUGAGAAGAUGAUCAGCGGGAUGUAUCUCGGAGAGAUAGUCAGAAACGUGCUCUUGGACUUCAAUGCCAAAGGCCUGCUUUUCCGUGGCAAACUUUCAGAGAGACUGAAAACACGUGGUAUCUUCGAAACCAAGUUCCUGUCGCAGAUCGAGAGCGAUCGUUUGGCGCUGAGGCAGGUGUGCUCCAUCCUGCAGCGCCUGGGAUUGACCAGCAGCACGUGUGAUGACAGUAUUCUCGUGAAGGAGGUUUGCAGUGUGGUGUCCAAACGUACGGCCCAGCUGUGUGGAGCCGGUCUGGCGGCCGUGGUGGACAAGAUACGACUGAACCGUGGCCUUGAGAAGCUCAGCAUCACUGUCGGAGUGGACGGCACGCUCUGACUUUGCCAGCAUCAUGCGGGGAACCUUAAGAGACCUGGCCCCCGACUGUGAGGUUACUCUCGUCCAAUCAGAAGAUGGCAGCGGAAAAGGUGCCGCCCUCAUCACGGCCGUGGCUUGUCGAUUAAGAGACGCUAGAAAAUAGAAACUGAACAAAAUAAUGUAAAGGGGAAAAGAUAACGAGGGAGAAAUUACACACCGAGCUUCCACAGAUGUGACCUUACUGAAGCAACACUCCUGUCUGUAAAACAAUGUAUCUUAUUUAUUUUUCUUGCAUUUUGUGCUUUAGGUCAUGCAUUGCAAGGACUUGGCAUAUGCUGAUGGGGGGGUUGUUUGUAGAAAAGGGGAAAACAAUUCAUAACUAUUAUGUGUAUUGUUACUGAUUUGAAUUACUGUACUGUCUGAGGAAAAGCACAAAGAGAUUUUAUUGACCUGUUGAGCUGUGAAUUAUGUAAUUUAUUUCUGUCCAUGCAUAUUUCCAGGCUGCAGAUUAAAGGAUUCUUCUGUUCAUUUACUCACCGUCAAGUGCACUCUUAAAAAUAAAGGUGCUUCACA